GCAGAAGCUCGAUGCCCACAACCCUAAUCCCAUGACAACUCCCAACCACCAACUUAGGGCUUAACCCUACAUCUCUGUGCAUGACAUAAGCGGCCUCUGCUCGUCUAAAAUCGUGACUGCUUUUUUUGGCUGGGAGCGAUCGCAGCGCUGCCAACCUCGAAGUUUGCGCAUCAACGUCUGAAGAAGCCUGAAUCCCAUCGACAGCCCUUUGACAACUAUCAAGGAUCCGGUUCAUCAGCAGACAAAAUGCCGUUCACCAAAGCCAUCAAGACUCCUCAGUACUUCUCCCGUUACCAGACUCCCUACAGACGGAGACGUGAGGGAAAGACCGACUACUACGCCCGCAAGCGUCUUGUCACCCAGCACAAGGCCAAGUACAACUCCCCCAAGUACAGACUUGUUGUCCGAUUCACCAACAAGGACAUCAUCGCCCAGAUUGUCUCCUCCAAGAUUACCGGAGAUGUUGUUCUCACCGCUGCCUACGCCCACGAGCUCCCCCGCUACGGAAUCAAGCACGGUCUUACCAACUGGGCCGCUGCCUACGCUGUCGGUCUUCUGAUUGCCCGACGAACCCUCCAGAAGCUCGGACUUGACGAGACCUACGAGGGUGUUGAGGAGGCUGACGGUGAGUUCUCGCUCACCGAGGCUGUUGAGGACGGUCCCCGUCCCUUCAAGGCCUACCUCGACAUUGGUCUCCACCGCACCACCACCGGUGCCCGUAUCUUUGGUGUUCUUAAGGGUGCCUCUGAUGGUGGAAUCUACGUUCCCCACAACGAGAAGAGAUACCCUGGAUACGAUAUCGAGUCGAAGGAGCUCGAUGCCGACACCUUGAGAAAGUACAUUGUCUCUGGCCACGUCGCUGAGUACAUGGAGACUCUUGCCGAUGAUGAUGAGGAGAAGUACAGACAGGUUUUCGCCGGUUACCUCAAGGACAACAUUGAGGCUGACACUCUUGAGGAUAUCUACGUUGAUGCUCAUGCUAAGAUCCGCGAGGACCCUUCGUUCCAGCCUUCGGCCAAGAAGACCAAGGAGGAGUACUCCGCCGAGUCGAAGAAGUACAGAGCCGUCAAGCUCACUUCGGAGGAGAGACGUGCCAAGCGCGAGGCGAAGAUUGCUUCGCUCGUUGGUGCCAACCCCUCUGCCGUGGUCGAGGAGGACGACGAGGAGUAAUCAUGCGUUGUUGGUUCGGGUUUUUUAGACGAUCGAUAAUGUGUAUAUUUAAAAAGCGUUGCGCAAUAAAAGUUCGUAUGAUAAUAAUUACUACUGUAGAGAUCUGAGAAAGUGUAGAGUUGAUUUGGAUAGGCGUAGUGAGCACUCUUGAAAAUGAAGUUUGUUACGGCUGGGAGUGCAGUUUGCGCAUGACUGCAAGACGCAACAAUGCUAAUGGAGUACUUGUUUGAAACUACAGAGGAUUAAUAAUGAGUUAUGAUU